CGCAAAGUAUAAAAGUAUAAGCUAGCUAAAGGUCUAAAAAUAAAACAAAAGUAACUCUGUUCCACAAUCAAUUUUUUUCGGUAUUUGUUGUUAUAAAAGCAGACGGCAGGCGAAACUCGGCUACCGUGGAUUUCAGAAGUAAGUAAAUGGUGGCAUUUACAAACAUGGCGGAAAACAACGCGAAUAAAGAACUUUUAUUUGGAAAAUUUACACAUGUUAUAUUUGACAUGGAUGGACUUCUUUUAGAUACUGAGCGAAUUUACACUGAAGUGAUGGACAGAGUUGCCUUGAAAUAUGGAAGUGAGUUCAACUGGGAGAUAAAAGUGAAGAUGAUGGGCAGACCAGGCAAAAAGGGAGCAGAGAUGGCAGUUGAACUAAUGAAGUUACCCAUCACCCCUGACGAAUUUUUGGUGGAGAUGGGUGUUCACAAGGACGAACUUUUUGCCACUGCAAAAUUACUACCCGGUGCAGAGAGGUUGGUGAGACACCUGAAAAAUCAUAACAUUUCUAUUGCAGUUGCAUCUGGUUCAGCAACAAAAGACUAUAAAACAAAAACCACUAAUCAUGGCGACUUUUUUAAACUGUUUCCUAUAAUUAUAUUAGGUGAUAAUCCGGAUAUCAAACAUGGCAAGCCUGCGCCCGAUCAAUUUAUUUUAACUUCUUCGAAGUUUCCCGACUCACCUAAACCGGAGAACGUGUUGGUGUUUGAAGACUCGCCUAACGGAGUGCUUGCAGCCAAGGCUGCCGGUAUGGGUGUUGUGUUAGUACCAGAUAGUCGUCUAGAUCACAGCUUGUAUCAUGAACCAACCCAUUUUCUUAGUAGUUUAGAAGAUUUUCAACCUGAACAGUUUGGACUGCCGCCCUAUGACAGCUAAGAUUAUUAAAUUAUUUACACGUUAGACAUAAGUUAAUUUUUAUACUGUUUUCUCCGUUUCGAACUAAAGUGAUUUUAUUUAUACUCGUGAAACAUCGGAGCACCAUUACAUAAACACAAA